CUACUACUCUUUAACCACGUCAAUCAUGUCUGAAAAGGAGGAGGCUGUUUUCCGCUCUGCGGAAAUGUCUCUCGUACAAUUGUACGUUCCGACUGAAGUUUCAAGAGAGAUUGUAUACGAAAUUGGGCAACUUAAUCUAAUCCAAUUCCGUGAUCUUAAUGCCAAGGUUAACGAGUUCCAACGUUCUUUCGUCAAGGAGUUGCGUAAGCUUGAUAACAUUGAACGUCAAUUCACUUUCUUCAAGAAUGAAUUGAACAAGCGUUCCAUUGAUAUUAAGUCCUAUCCUUAUUCUCUGGAACUUGCUCUUGUUCAACAAUCUGACAUUGAUGAACACUAUGAAAACGCUCAAUUGUUGGAGGAUAGAGUUUCUCAAUUGAUCGACGCAAACGAAACUUUGUAUAGGAAGGAACAAGACUUGAAACUGAACAAGUACACCAUUGAAGGUGUUGAAAAAUUCUUUGAAAGCAAUGGUGCAGGAGGUGCUGUUGCUGGAGCUGUUGGAGAUCUUGAAAGUGCUGGGGUUCAACUGAACCACCAAUCUUUUAUUUCUGGUGUUAUUAACACUGACAAGGUUUCCACUCUUCAACAAAUCUUGUGGAGAGUUCUUAGAGGUAAUUUGUAUUAUCAUACUGAAGAAUUAAAGGAAAAAAUCUAUGAUCCUAAGACUAAUGAGUUUGUUUCUAAGAAUUUUUUCAUUAUUUUCUCUCAUGGAUCUUUGAUUUAUCAAAGAGUUAGAAAGAUCUGUGAGACUUUAGAUGCUGAUUUAUAUAAUGUAGACUUGACUCAUGAUUUGAGACAAGAACUGUUGAAUGAAGUCAACCGUAAGUUGCUUGAUUUAUCUACUGUUUUGGAUCAAACUGACAAUGCCUUGAAUACUGAAUUGGUUGCCAUUUCUCGUGACUUGGGCAAAUGGUGGGAAGUUAUAGCUAGAGAAAAGGCUGUAUACAAGACCAUGAACCGUUGUGAUUACGAUGACGGAAGAAAGACUCUUAUUGCCGAAGGUUGGAUUCCAACUGAUGAAAUUUCCACUUUAACUUCUACAGUUAAGAAAACUUCUCAACACAUUCCAACCAUUAUUAAUGUGUUGCAAACCACGAGAACUCCACCAACUUUCCAUAGAACAAACAAGUUCACUGCCGCCUUCCAAGCUCUUUGUGACGCCUACGGUGUUGCUGCUUAUAGAGAAGUCAAUCCUGGUUUACCAACCAUUAUCACUUUCCCAUUUAUGUUUGCCAUUAUGUUUGGUGAUUUAGGUCAUGGGGUUAUUUUAUCUCUUGCUGCUGGUACUUUAGUCUACCAUGAAAAGAAGAUUGGUGCUAUGAAGAGAGAUGAAAUCUUUGACAUGGCUUUCAGUGGUAGAUACAUCUUGUUACUUAUGGGUCUCUUUUCCAUCUACACUGGGUUUUUGUACAAUGAUUUGUUUUCGAAAUCAAUGACACUUUUCCCCUCUGGAUGGGAAUGGCCUGAGAACUUCCAACCAGGUGAAACUGUUUUUGCUAAGCAAAUCGGUACUUAUGCCAUUGGUUUAGAUUCUGCUUGGCAUGGAACUGAGAAUGCUUUACUUUUCACUAACUCAUACAAAAUGAAGUUAUCCAUUCUUAUGGGUUACUUACAUAUGAGUUAUUCCUUUGCAUUCUCUCUUGUCAAUUAUCUCCAUUUCAACAGUUUUAUCGAUGUUGUCGGUAACUUUAUUCCUGGUUUAUUGUUUAUGCAAGGUAUCUUUGGUUACCUUUCCCUUUGUAUUGUUUACAAAUGGUCUGUUGAUUGGGUUGCCGUUGACAAGCUGCCACCAGGUUUGUUGAACAUGUUGAUUUCCAUGUUCUUAGCACCAGGUACUGUAGCUGAACCUUUAUACGAUGGUCAAGCUAAGAUUCAAGUGGUUUUGGUCCUCAUUGCCUUGGCUUGUGUUCCAUGGUUAUUACUUUUGAAACCACUUUACUUGAAGAAACAAUUAGACAGAGAAGCUGCUGAAGCUGAAUAUCAACAAUUGGAUGGCGGUGAAGCUGCCACAGAACAUGGUCAUGAUGAUGAUGAUGAAGAACAUGAAGGUCACAACUUUGGUGACAUUAUGAUCCAUCAAGUCAUUCACACCAUUGAAUUCUGUUUGAACUGUGUUUCCCACACUGCUUCAUACUUGAGAUUGUGGGCGUUGUCAUUGGCCCAUGCCCAAUUAUCCACCGUUUUGUGGACCAUGACCAUUGGUAAUGCCUUUGGUGCCACUGGACUCGUUGGUGUCUUCCUGGUUUUCUUCCUUUUCGGCAUGUGGUUUAUCUUGACCGUCAUUAUUUUGGUUCUUAUGGAAGGUACUUCUGCCAUGUUGCAUUCUUUGAGAUUGCAUUGGGUUGAAUCCAUGUCCAAGUUUUUCGUUGGUGAAGGUAUUGCCUACGAACCUUUUGGCUUCAAGGGGUUAUUGGAUGACAUCUUGUAA